UAAAAAAAUCCUACGUUUUCCUUCCUGAAGCUGUAGUUCUACGCAAACAAUUUAUUCCACGGUUCAAAUUUGUUUCUACAUUAUUCAUUUAAAUCGUCACAUAUUUAAUCGCUGAGAUAUGUUAUUUGUAAAAUUUUGUACGUCUUCGACCCAUAUUCAACAGUUAACUCUUAUUUUGUUGCUAUCACAAUCGCGGGAUUGAUUACGUUUCACUAAUUUUAACUUACAAUGAUGUUGUAAUUCGUAUUCGGUUAUCUUACGCGUACGGUUUGAUAUACGCGACUAUGACAACGGAAACCGGCUUUUUCUGCACUUCACAACCGAACAAACAUCUUCUCCGGGACCGUGCGUGCCGGAGAGUUCGUUUAUCAAAAUUUUUACCGAAACGUAUUAUAAAUAUAUUCAAACGCAUAUAUAAAUAUAUAAGUACGGGUUGUCGAAAAAAAGCUGAAAGUUUUGAAAACUGUUCGUACACUUUUCGACCGUGCCAGAAGCAGCGCAGCGCGCGUAAAGUCCGAAGAGUCAUGCACCAGCAUUCGGGCAACGGCGGCCGUUCGCGUCACGAGUCCGCGGAGGAGUCGAGCAGGCGGGCGCGGCAGGAGCAGCGCCGCGAGCAGGACCAGGAACGGCACCGGCUGAGGCUGCUGCAGCACCGGAACCCGCAACCGAGGACGCAACCGCAGCAACCGUACGUGUUGCGCGCGGUCCCGCACGGGCGGCCGCCGCCCUCGCCGCCGCCGGAGUGCUUGUUGCAGGUGGAGCGGCCGCGGGUCAUCGAGCUGCCGGACGACGGGGCGCUGUCCACCGCGCUGGCCGACCACGGGUACCGGGUUGGCUCGACCGUCGGCCACGGGUCGUACAGCAAGGUGCGCGUGGGCAUCAGGUCGCGGCCGGACGGCACGGUGCUCCGGCUGGCGUGCAAGGUGAUCGACAAGCGGCGCGUGGCCGGCGGUGGCUCGUCGUACGUGACCAAGUUCUUGCCGCGUGAGCUGCAGCUGCUGUGCGCGGUCCGGCACCCGCACGUGAUCCGCACCCAUCAGAUAUACGCGACCCCGUCCACCGUGCACGUGUUCAUGGACUAUUGCGAGAACGGCGACCUGCUCAGCCACCUGCAGCGCAACAAGGGCAUGCCGCGCUGGCAGGCGCACGCGUUCUUCAAGCAGCUGUGCGAGGCCGUGGACUAUCUGCACCGGAACGACAUAGCGCACCGGGACAUCAAGUGCGAGAACGUGCUGCUGGAGAGCAUGGAACUCGUCAAGUUGACCGAUUUCGGGUUCGCUAGAACUUGCGUGGAUGACCGCGGCCGGCAGUUGUUGAGCCAGACUUACUGCGGCAGCUUGUCGUACGCGGCUCCCGAGGUGCUCCAGGGCCUACCUUACGAGCCAAAGCCCUACGACGUGUGGGCACUAGGCGUGAUUCUGUACGUGAUGCUGGCCGACACCAUGCCGUUCCACCAGUCCGACCGUCAGCGGAUCGUGGCCAAGCAGAUGGCAAAAACAUUUUACACACCGAAAAAAUACGUGGCCCGCGAAGCGAUGCAUCUCAUCUCGACUAUAUUGGAACCGAAUGUAGCAAGAAGAAUAACCAUUGGUGAAGUAAAAAGUCAUAAUUGGGUCAAACAUCGAUACCCGAAUGAUACAGGUUAACCCUGGAAGUCGGCCGAAUACACACAGACAAAAAAUGAAAAAUUUAGACGACUAAAAAACAGAAAAGAUACCAAAAACUGUCGGCGAACACACGUUUGAAAUAAUGAUCGUCUGAUUUUCUUUUAAGCUCAGCUUUGCCAUGUACAUCGGUACGGUGCAGGAACAGACGCUGAAGACUAUCGCAGGCAUCAUAAUCACAAACUCACGUUCUGCCUACAGAAAAUUAUACUGCGUUGCAUGCUCCCGUGUCUG